AUGGAGGACGACCGUAACCCUCUGUUGAACCUUGAUGGGGUUAUUUCACCACCACCACGUGAUGACCUAGCUCUGAAUAGGACAAAUGAAAGGAUUGUCCCUCAUCCACAAAGACGUACCUUGGGAGAUUUCUUCUUACCCAACGUGGACAACGCCAACUACAGAUGUUUUGCACCUCCUAUCCUUGCAAAAAACUUUAAAAUCAAGCCGGGAACGAUUCAAUUACUUGAAAGUUGUUGCCAAUUUUAUGGGUUGGAAAGCGAGGAUCCAAACGCUCAUCUUUCAAAAUUUACGGAGGUGUGCAACACAUUCAAAAUCCAUAAUGUGACGGAGGAUCAAAUCAAGCUUUGUCUUGUCCCUUUCUCUUUAAGGGAUAAGGCGAGGAAUUGGAUUCAAUCACUUCCAAGUACCUCAAUCACAACAUGGAAGCAAUUGGCACAAGCUUUUCUAAAUAAGUACUUCUCUAGGGGCAAAACGGCGAGGAUGACCAAGGAGACUAUAGAUUUUUUCCAAUUACAUGGCGAAUCUCUAUACCAAGCUUGGGAACGCUUCAAAGAGCUUAAGAGAAUUUGUCCGCAUCAUCAUCUAGGUAGAGUACACCUUAUCUCUAUCUUUUACAAUGGUACCAAUGAGCGUACACGGGCAACUAUUGAUGCGGCAUCGGGAGGAUCACUUAUGAAGAAGACUUAUGGUGAGGCCAACAAUUUGCUAGAGGAACUCGCUACAAAUAGUUCACAACUCGAGAUGUAUAAACAACAAGCUAAUCAAAGGAAUGCUCAACUUGCGGUAGUUCAAAUGGGUUGUGAGACUUGUGAUGGGCACGAUCACUCGGGGAUGGAUUGCCCCGUUCUACAUCAAAACUCAAAUGAGCAAGUCAACUAUGUCAAUGGACAAAGGCAAGGCAACGACCCAUAUUCCAGCACCUACAAUCCGGGGUGGAGGAAUCAUCCUAACUUUGCAUGGAGGGACAAUUCGGGUGAAGCCAAUGCCAACACAAACAUGGGAGGAGAAAAUUUUCAAGGAGGAAACCGUGGUCCACCAAACCAAGGCAACUUCAAGUACCAUCGACCACAACAUCCUCCCGGUAGUCAACAAAAUCGGAAUGCGGAUGAAGGGAGCAAAAUUGAUAAGCUUAUUGAGGAAGUUCGAUCCAGUUUUAAGAACCAAACUUCCGUCAAUCACCAUCUCGAGACUCAAUUUUCUCAACUUGCCAUCUCACUUCAAAAUAGAGCUCAAGGUGGUCUACCAUCUACAACGGAAUCAAAUCCACGGGAGCAAGUAAAAGCCAUUGAACUUCAAAGCGGGAAAGAACUUGAUGAUCCACAUGCAAGUAAAGAGAGUACAAUUGAUCUUCCACCAAGCACGAAUGAGGAGGAAGUAACCGAACUUCCUUAUGUCAAACUGCCACCUCCUCCUCCAUUUGUGCCAAAAGUCCCUUUUCCGGGACGAUUGAAGAAGACGCCGGACAACCAAAACUUCCAAUAA